AACCUACUCAUCAUCCUGGCUGUCACCUCAGACUCCCACCUGCACACACCCAUGUACUUCUUCCUCUGCAACCUGUCUUUGGUUGACAUGGGAUUCACCACCACCACAGUUCCCAAAAUGAUAGUGGGCAUCCUCACCCACAGCACAGCCAUCUCUUACACAGGUUGCCUGACUCAGAUGUCUGUGUUUGUCCUCUUUGGGUGCAUGGAUGAUUUCCUUCUGACAGUGAUGGCCUAUGACCGGUUUGUUGCCAUCUGUCACCCCCUGCAUUACCAGGUCAUCAUGAACUCCCACCGCUGUGGCUUCUUAGUUUCAGUGUCCCUUUGGGCCAGUCUUUUGGAUUCCCUGCUGCAGAAUUUGAUGAUCUUACAAGUUACCUGCUUCACAGGAGUGGAGAUUUGUAAUUUCUUCUGUGAUCCUUCACAAAUUCUCAACCUUAAUUGCUCUGACAUCUUCAGCAGUGACAUAUUUACAUAUAUUGUAAGCAUCAUAUAUGGCUUUCUCCCUAUGUCAGGGAUCCUCUUAUCUUACUAUAAAAUUGUGUCCUCUAUUCUGAGAAUCCCAUCUCCUGGUGGCAGGUACAAAGCCUUCUCCACCUGUGGCUCUCAUCUGACAGUGGUUUGCUUAUUUUACGGAACAGCCAUUGGUGUGUAUCUCAGUUCAGCUUUCUCUGGUUCUGCUGGAAAGGGUGUCUUAGCCUCAUUGGUGUACACUGUGGUCACCCCCAUGCUCAACCCCUUUAUCUACAGCCUGAGGAACAGGGACAUGAAGAAGUCCAUGCAAAGGGUACGCAACAAAUUAGUCUUAUUCCAGUGCCUGAGCUAUGCAUUUGGACUUCAUGGGAAAAGCAUCAAUACUAUGCAUUAG